AUGGGGAGAAAUGGAGGAACAGAAAUAGUCAGAGUAAUAGCAGAUACUGGACUAAGAAAAGAGCUCAAAAGAAAGGAAGGUGCAAAAAAGGAGAAUCUUCUUGACCCCAGUGCUCCUCAGCUGACAUUAGAAAGGGUAAAGAGAUCCACACAGCAUGGGAAAUCCAUACAGGGCUGUCCAAUAUUGAGGAAGGAAUUUGCAAUUCAGCCCAGGGUGCUGCAUUCAUGUUCCCAUGUAUAAUUGUAAUUAUAAUUAUUUUUUCAGUGAUGCCUGAAAACUUUUGAAAAAUUUACAGGUAAAAAUUGUCCUAUGUGUAGAAAAGAACAGUAUCAGAGCAGAGUAAUACAUGAUGGGGCAUGCUUAGUUAAAUUGAAUUAAUUAGGUAAGCUUUACUUCUGCUACAGGGGAUGUAUUGUUAUAAAAGAGUGUAAAGACUUAAGGGAAGCAGUGCCUCCUAAGGAUAGAAAAUCAAGAAAGCAACUAUUUGAUAAAAUGUUUUGCUGUAUUUGCUUCCUUGGUCUUUUUCCUUGGGGCAAUUCAGCUUCCUCAAACCAGAACUCCUGA